AUGGCGGGACUAAUAAAUAGUGUCGUUGAAAAAUAUAACUAUGUUAUGUACGACUUCGCUGAUCCUAGAACGGCGGACUGGUGGGGUGUUUCAAAUCCCCUAGUGAUCUUGUCCAUUUCAGCAGCUUACCUCUACUUCUGUCUGUCUCUGGGUCCUCGGUUGAUGAAGAACAGGCCAGGGUUCGAACUGAGGAUUCCGAUUAUGCUCUAUAACAUCUUCCAAGUGCUAUUCAGUUUAUUCCUGAGUUAUGAGGGUGCUGCCUACAUACUUAAUAAGGAAUAUAAUCUAGCUUGUGAACCAGUCGACUACUCCUACAAUCCCAGAGCCUUAAGGGUGGCAGCAGCAACGUGGUUCUAUUUCUUUGCGAAGAUCACAGAGCUUCUCGAUACAGUCUUCUUCGUUUUAAGGAAGAAAUAUAAUCAAGUAUCAUUCCUCCACGUAUACCACCAUACAUUGAUGUCUCUUGUCAUAUGGGUCGGAGUGAAGUAUGUCCCAGGAGGUCACAUUGUUCUAAUGGGUUGGUUGAACUCCAUGGUCCACGUCAUCAUGUACACUUACUACCUGAUCUCAAGUCUUGGACCCCAGUACCAGAAGUACGUGUGGUGGAAGAAACAUGUCACUACUAUUCAGCUGGUCCAAUUCUGCAUAAUCUUUACACACAACAUCGCAGUUUUCUUCUACGACUGCAAUUAUCCGAGAAUACUGAACGGCAUAUGUGCACUGAACUCUAUGAUUUUCAUAUAUUUGUUCGGAAAAUUCUACAUAAGAAGUUAUCAGAAGGAAAAUGCGAAAAAUAAAUCAAAAUUGGAAAACAAGAAGAGUGCACCUAUAUCAAGCGAAUUUGGAAAUAAACGAAAAUUAGUGGAAAAAUCUCGAUAA